ACGACGUGAUUGGCUGAAGGUCAAUGCGUACUUCGCUCGCGGACUAUCACGUCCUAGUCUAACCAUAUAUCUCGACUCGAGACGAUAAUUAUUAUCGCUCUCAAAACAAAUCUAAUUAUAACCUUUCAAUUUAUUACACAUAUACUGUCGUUCGGUGCCCGUUUUGAGGAUGGCCGAGAGCGAGGCAGACACGCCAAGCACCCCGAUAGAGUUUGAGAGCAAAUACUUCGAGUUUGAUGGAGUACGACUUCCACCCUUCUGCAGAGGAAAGAUGGAGGAGAUCGCCAACUUCUCCCUCAGAAGUAGCGACAUAUGGAUUGUCACGUAUCCCAAGUCAGGUACCAGUCUACUUCAGGAGGUGGUGUAUCUGGUGAGUCAGGGGGCGGACCCAGAUGAGAUUGGUCUGAUGAACAUCGAUGAGCAGCUUCCUGUUCUGGAGUACCCUCAGCCUGGCCUAGACAUCAUACAGGAGUUGACGUCUCCUCGUCUGAUAAAAAGCCACCUGCCCUACCGCUUCCUGCCUACAGCCAUGCACAAUGGAGAGUCCAAGGUGAUCUACAUGGCGAGGAACCCUAAAGAUCUUGUGGUGUCUUACUACCAGUUCCACCGCUCCCUCAGAACCAUGAGCUACCGCGGAACCUUCCAGGAGUUCUGCAGACGCUUCAUGAACGACAAGCUGGGAUAUGGUUCCUGGUUUGAGCACGUGCAGGAGUUCUGGGAGCAUCGCAUGGACUCAAACGUCCUCUUCCUGAAAUAUGAAGACAUGUACAAAGACCUGGGGACGUUGGUGGGGCAUCUGGCGAGGUUCCUGGGUGUCUCGUGUGACAAGGCCCAGCUGGAGACCAUGGUGGAGAGUUGCAACCAGCUCAUAGAGCAGUGCUGCAACUCAGAGGCCCUCUCCAUCUGCAGGGGUCGCGUGGGACUGUGGCAGGACAUCUUCACCGUGUCUAUGAAUGACAAGUUUGACACGGUGUAUAGACAGAAGAUGGGCAAGUCUGACCUGACCUUUGACUUCGGCCUGUGAGGACCGGACCGACUGACCACAACGACACGAACACGGACUACACUCCUGCUGCCUAAACACUGUACACUCCUCUGCCUCUCUUCAUCAAUCAAUCAAUCACGUAUUGGAUAUAAUGUAUAUAUCAAUCGCUCCACCGCCAAAGACUAUAGCUGUCAAUCAACCAACCAAUCAAUCACCCAAUAAAUUAGUCAGUCAACACACCAAUCAAUCAAUAUAAAGAUUGCAUCCUUAAAAAGCUCACAAAUCAAUUUUGAUUUAUCAAUCAAUCGGUCAGUUUCUCAGCCAAUCAGCGAGAUCCUGUUUUAGCCCAAUGUGGCACAGAUCCCAUCUAUGUCCAUCUAUGUCCCCCCUCUCCGCCCAUCAUUCCAUUCGUCUUCAGUAUGUACCGCUGUGUAUGUAUACCAGUGCUCUUUAGCGAGUUGUGUAUGUGGCAGUGGCCCCAAACCUGAGGGAAACGCAUGGAAGUUUGUGGCGCCGUCGCCAAACCAAUACAGAGGAAGCUUCCACAUCUCGUUCAACACUUAACGUUGAGACAGUGUUAUGUUUUUUAAACGCUGUAUGAAUGCUAUGGUGGGGAAUCAUAAGUCCAGCUCAGAGUCAAGUAUAGAGACCACCCAUGACUGCCCUUUGAUACAGAGCAAGUGUUCAGUUUUGGCUGUAUCCAGGUCAGUUCCUAUUUGACCUAGUCCUUCAUUUUAGCGUUUUUCACUUUCAGUACAUUACAUAGCUUGUUUGUUACAAAAAGGCUUUCAAUGGGCAUUAGCUUAAUCAGCACUAUACUUUUUGUAACAGCCUUUCUUGCUGAAGUGACUGGGGAUGUGAGUGUGUGUGUGUGUGUGUGCGUGUGUGUGUGUGUGUACAUGCUCGUGUGUGAGCAAAAUCACAAAAACAACACAUCACAACUGCCUUUCAUAUCAGUUCUGUUUGUUCAUGCUGCUAAAGUGAUGCCUUUCUCUGUCCUCAGACCCAUAGCCACCUAUAGAGUUAAUGUACUACACUGAGACAACAGAGUAUCCCUCCAUGUUACCAGCAUUCUCUGUGUGCUAUCCCCCAAGUACAUGUCCCUUCAGACUGGAUCCAAAGUUGGAUGGAUGGAUGUAUUCAUCCCUCCCCAAAGGUUAGGCAUCAAAACAUCAUCGCCCUCUGUUUGUCAUCAGAGCCCCCUUUCUCUUCUAUUGCUUACAUCUCUUUCUCUUCCUCCUCUCCGCUGUAAAUGCCCUCAGACAGACCAGUAGACCCUCCCCUCCCAACCCCUCUGCUCUGCUGGACACUUGUGAAUGUGUUUAUUGAUGUGGAUGUAACAACCUCAACAGACCCCUCCCACAGGCUCAGUUCUCUGCUUUAGGACUUCCCUCUUUCACUUUCUCUCACUCACACUCACUCUCUGUUUCGCUCUCUCUUUGUGUUUCUCUCUCUCUCUCUGUUUCUCUCUCUCUCUGUUUCUCUCUCUCUCUCUGUCUCUCACUCACUCUCUGUUUCUCUCUCUCUCUGUUUCUCUCUCUUUGUUUCUCUCUCUCUCUCUGUCUGUAUCUCUGCUGUUUCUCUCACUCUCUGUCUGUAUCUCUCUCUCUGUUUCUCUCUCUCUCUCUCUGUUUCUCUCUCUGUGUGUGUUUCUCACUCUCUCUGUCUCUCUCUCUCUCUGUGUGUUUCUCUCUCUCUCUGUGUUUCUCUCACUCACUCUCUGUUUCUCUCUCUCUCUGUGUGUUUCUCUCACUCUCUGUCUGUAUCUCUCUCUUUCUCUCUGUUUCUCUCUCUGUUUGUAUCUCUCGCUCUCUGUAUCUCUUUGUCUGUUUCUCUCUCUCUGUUUCUCUCACUCUAUCUGUAUCUCACUAGCGAUUCAAUUCAAUUGGCUUUAGAAACAUGUGUUUACAUUGCCAAAGCAAGUGGAAUAGACAAUAAACAAAAAGGGAAAUAAACUCUCUUGUCAGCUUUUUCUCUCAUUCUCUCUGUUUACGACUUUUGGCAAUCCUGCUGCAGCCCACCUCUACAAGGGUAAUGUGGUGUACUGUUUGUUUGGUUUUUAUAUGCCUGUAGGGUUGUCCUAACCUGGGCAUAAUGAAUCGUACUUUACAUGCUUGCUUGCUGGUUUAUUAAUAAACUUAUGUCUUCAGGACAA